GAGAUCGGCAUUUGAGGGAGUUCGCCAAGAGAAUACAGAGGAUUCCUGUGCAGUUCAGUUUCUCUAAAAGUUCUAUCAUGAGUAGCUGUGUCAAGCCGGUAGAGCAGCAUAAAUCAGAACCAGUUGUUCUCCUUCAUAGUUUCGACAGUUCGUGUUUAGAAUGGAGGUAUGCUUAUCCGUUGCUUGAGGAUUCUGGUCUCGAGACAUGGGCUGUGGACAUCCUUGGAUGGGGUUUUUCUGAUUUGAAAAUGCUUCCAUCAUCUGGCGUGGUUGCCAAGCGUGAACACCUUUAUCAGCUUUGGAGAUCACAUAUUCAACGACCAAUGGUAUUAGUAGGGCCAAGCCUUGGUGCUGCGGUUGCCAUUGACUUUGUAGUGAAUCACCCUGAAGCAGUGACCAGGUUGGUCCUGAUUGAUGCAAGUGUAUACGCAGAAGGCACGGGAAUUCUUAGUAAAUUGCCGCGUGCAUUAGCGUAUGCUGGGGUGUCCUUAUUAAAGAGCACUCCAUUGCGAUUUUACGCUAGCAACUCGCCUACACUGCUUACUACCCUGGUGGGAAGAUGCAAUGGUUGAUUUUAUGGUAAGCGGGGGCUAUAAUGUCAGACAUCAAAUAAAGCAGGUA